AUGAUUCGAGCCAAGCUACUACCGCUACUGUCACUCCUGGUGUGUCUGUCGCUUUCUUCAGUUCACUGCUUUACUACGGCUGGGCGUCGCUGUCACACCCGAAAACUGCCAUUGACAUCUUCGUCUCUCGAAGCGACGCGAUCUCAAGUGCUAUGUGCGGUGAGUGCCGCGUGGUGGAUGCUCCUCUCAAGCCCGGCAUCCGCUCUUCCCCAGUCGUAUUCGACCAAUGCUCGCAAUUUGGAUCGCUUGAGUGUGGGCGAUUCCUCGGGUGGUUCCGUCUACGACAACAAUCCGUCGCAACCGGCUGCUCGUCGACGCCGUGCCAUGCAAGGCUGCAAAAUUCCAUCGGCUCGAGCCCAAGCCGCAAGUCUAAGUGGUGGCAAAGGCUCUUUAUCGGAAAAGGAGUGCAAUAUCCAAGUGAUGCAGGAGAGUCCCGAUUUUAUGUUGCAAGCAUUGCAAGAGUUGGAAUGUUCGACGUGUCCGUAUGGAGUUCGGCAAUGAUGAAUGAUGCAUGUGAAGGAAUGAAUGAUUAAUCAAUGAAUGACGUACCGGUAUGGUAGUAUACUAGUAAUAGUUUUUGUAGCAUGACUCUGAUAGCUAGU